AUGGCUGCAACGCGAAGUUUUUCAUCUGAAGGAAAUCUACAGCGGGAAGUUUGUUCCUUAAUAGCUCAGAAAUCAUCAGAAGCUAUCAAAGACCACGGAUUCUUCGCAGUCGGCUUUUCGGGUGGUAGUCUUCCGAAAAUUGUUUGCCCCGGACUGCUCUCUCUGCAGAUUGACUUUUCAAAAUGGCGGAUAUUCUUCUGUGACGAGCGGUAUGUAGCACUAACAGACGCUGACAGCAAUUAUGUAGGAGUAAAGCAGCACUUGCUAGAUAAGCUCUCUGUUGCUCCUGAACAAAUACUAACUAUUAAUCAUGAUAUUCCACUGGAUGAAGCCGCCAAGGAGUACGAAUCUCAUCUCAAGGGGUGGUACCCUGGGGAUGAUGUCCCCACCCUAGAUAUGCUCCUGCUCGGAAUGGGUCCUGAUGGGCACACGUGUUCUUUAUUUCCUGGCCAUCCACUGCUUCAAGAAAAUUCUCGUCUUGUGGCACCAAUUUCUGAUUCACCUAAACCGCCGCCAUGCAGGAUCACACUGACAUAUCCCAUCAUCAAUGCCAGCAAAUGUGCAGCAUUUGUUAGUACUGGUUCUAGUAAGGCAAGUGUCUUACAACAGGUGUUGGAAGGUAACGCAGAGGAAUCACUCCCAGCAGCAAGGGUUAGGCCCUCUAAUGGAGAACUUCACUGGUUUCUUGAUGAUGCUGCAGCUAGUUUGUUAACGAAGAAAUGA